GAUUAUUUCACCUCUGAUUGGUAGAGGAAGCAAAUUGGUCGAUUUAUCACAAUAUUGAGUAAAAGUCUUUGGUUACAAGUGUUGAGGGGAAGGACUUUAUUUAUUAUCUUCCGAGGGACAUAUACGUAAGGGAAAUUUCAAUUGGGAUUUGAUUUGUAGUUUCAUUAAACCUCGAGGAGAUCAGUGUAAUUUACCCGUAUAAAAUUAUCUUUAACACCGCGGCUUCGGAGCUACCAAAUAAUUCGAUUACGCUUUGCUUCUCUCCUCGUGCAAAGAAUUCUCCUCUUCCUCUGUGUUGUUCCUUCCUAGGGUAACAAUGGCGAAGUUACAAUUCAAUCUUGUUGGAAUCUCGCUCUUGGUGUUGAUUUGUUUACUUGUUCCCUCGAGUUCCGCCCGAUCAACCAGCGUCAAAUACUGCUCCAAGAAGGACUAUCCUGUGAAAGUCAGCAGCGUUGACAUUAACCCAUACCCUGUGCAGAGGGGCAAAGAAGCAAAAUUCAGCAUCUCUGCUUCUACUGAUCAACCCAUCUCUGGAGGAAAACUUUUAAUUGAUGUUAGCUACUUUGGGUUGCACAUCCACAAUGAGAAUCAUGAUCUUUGUGAUGAGACCACUUGCCCUGUUGUUAAAGGAGAUUUUGUGAUUGCUCACUCUCAAGUGUUACCUGGAUAUACACCACCAGGUUCUUACACAUUGAGAAUGACAUUGUCGGAUGGCAAGAACCAAUUGACAUGCAUCAACUUCGACUUCAGCAUUGGCUUCGCGACAUCAGAUGCUGUGGCUGACAGCUGAGCUUGCUGCUUGAGCACAAUGAAGAUUGAUCAUAACUUCGCCAUCACGCCUUUAUAAUAAUGUACUGUAUAUAAACAUCUAUUGUUGCUUAUCUACUGUUGUUUGAUGCUAAACUAAAGGAUCGCUGUUACUGCUUUUUGAAAGAAACACGGACGCACAUUGGGGAGGACAAUUUUAGUUUGCUCAUUUUGUGAACUGUUGAAUGAACUUUUUCAGCUUAAUUUUGUGUGUGGUUAGUGACCUAGACAGUAGAAACAGAUCCUUUAGGCUGUUUACGGUCACCAACUCAGCAUAGAGAUCGAUACCUGCAAAACUGCUGGUUGGAAACUAAACUCAAAACUGUUCAAUUUACUGAACAAAUGACUACUUAUGUGCGGGAUCUAGCCGUUAAGAGUAUCUAUAAAGAGGCUAAAAAUUCUAAACACAAUUAAAUAGCUAGCUAGCCAAAUGUAAAGGGCAUCAGGUCAUUAAAGAAAGGGCUGAGAGCAUCUUAUAUAUUAUCAUUAAAGAAAUCCGG